GUCAUCUUCUUUUGACAAUCACUCGGGCAAAUUCGAUUUUGCUCGAACCCGAAGCGCUAAACUGUAAAUUGCACCGUUGUUUCCAGCAGACGCAACAACAAUUUACAUACGCCGCGAUGAGUAAAGGCGAGCUGACCCGCAAGGUGCUCAGCGAUCUCAUCUCCGAGUCCGAGACGCCCUACACGCCGGACAGCAUCCUUCGCGAGUUUCGGGCCACGGACGACAAGCGCCUGUCUGUUGAUGAGCUGGUUGGCAUACUGAAGACCAUAAGCCAGAAACGGCCCAACUGCGACGAGGUGGCCGCCGAGGUCAAGCAGGUCCUAAAGAGCAAGGAUCCUAUGUAUGCGCUCCUCGUGUUUGUCAAGCGAUACUCCGAAGACUGUCUAACACCGCGUUCUAGUCUAAAGAACAGCGAGAUGGCUACCGUCACCACGCCCUUACAAACCAAAUCCUCUAUUGGAGCAUCUUCGGUUCCCAGAACAAGCCUGGCCGAGGGGUCGCACGAUUCGCUGGGGCUUCCCACGUCGACGCCAGUAGUUAACCGGAAGUCUGACUCUGGUGCCAAUGCCGCCGGUCGGAGCCAAGGAAAUAGAGAGGAGGAUAGAGAACUUGGUGAUUUGAGUUUGAUGAGAGAGCGCCUGCUGCUUGGUGCAUCCAACAGAUCCUUGAGCACCUUUCGGCCACCACCAACCGAAAAGUCACUCAAAAGCAGCAGUCAAAAGACCUUAGUGAAUCCGCCGUCAGCGCCGCCUCCCACAGGCGUUCCAGAAGAGAGUCGAACCCACAGUCUUUGGGACUUUAACGACGUGGACGGGAACUCGGCUCUGGACCCGGAGAUUGCCGCUUUGCCUAUUGAAAGCCAGCAGAACGAGUUGCUCACUCAGCUGCUGUAUUGUUUCACGGGUAUUCGGGUGCCGUGUAUAGUGCCCAUACCGCCCGAUCCAUCCGGUGGUCUCUCCAGCUAUAAAACGGAAUUCGCCAUUCACAAUCAGGUAGACCGUUCGCUGGCAGAGCUUGUUCGGAAAAUCCUGCCGCUAGCCUCGUACUUCGUGGGCAUCCAGAGGAUGGUCGCUGACUUGGACGGUCAGGGGCAGGUGAUCAAUGCGUUGAACGCUGCACUGACUGAUGUCAGCCACGACUUUUACCUUCUACUCAUGCAGGCGGAGGACGAGCUGGAAAGGAAUGAGUUGACCAUGCAAAAGCUAGUUUACUACAUGCAGCCAACUCUUUGGGUGAUGGAGGAGAUCUGGACAACGAUGUUUGGCUUGCAGCAGGGUGAGCUGCGGGGCGCCGCUGUGCUAACGCACCUGCACGGGCGUAUCAAGCGGCUGGAGGGGGAUCGUGAAGCCCAGAAAGUAAUUAUUGGGCUGAUGGGCAAGGCGGCUGAGCCGUACAUGCGGAUGUUGCAGUUAUGGAUCCAGAAGGGUGUGAUCGUUGACCGCCAGCAAGAGUUUCUGGUGGAAGAUUACGAAGAGGUACAUUGCAACCAGCUGCCGGAGCACUAUUCGGACGGUUAUUGGGAAAAGCGGUAUACUCUGAGACGCGACCACAUCCCCUCGUUCCUUGAGAAAUACUCUGACAAAAUCCUUCGCACCGGGAAGUACCUGAACGUGGUCCGGCAGUGUGGCAAGCGUGUGAUGCCCACCCAGCAGAUGCACCUCGAAUACGACCCGACCAGCGAGCAGCACGUGUCCGUUAUAAACGAAGCAUACUACUUUGCGGCCCGAAUGCUGCUGGAUGUGCUGCUGGCGGAGAACGAUCUAAUGGGCCACCUGCAGUCGGUGAAACGCUAUUUGCUGCUCAAUCAGGGCGACUUUACCAUGCAGUUCAUGGACGCCUGCGAAGAUGAACUGUCCAAGAACGUGGACCUGGUGCUGCCCAUGACGCUGGAGAACCUUCUGGGCCUCACGCUGCGCAUUUCUUCUGCCCGCGACGAUCCCUACAAGGACCAUCUUCACUGCGAGCUGCUGCCCUACGAUUUGGUCACGCAAAUGUCCAAAAUAAUCAAGGAGGACAACAAGGAGGAGUACUGGCAGACGCAGGAUCGCCUGGAUCUCAGUGGCCUCGAGUGCUUUGCUUUUUCUUACGAGGUGAAGUGGCCUGUAUCCCUGGUGCUUAAUCAUCUCGCCAUCUCCAAGUACCAGAUGCUAUUCCGCCAGUUAUUCUACUGCAAGCACGUGGAGCGUCAGCUUUGCAAGAUUUGGAAGGAGAACUCCAUUGCCAAGAAGUUCUCGCCCCAGGCAGCAGAGCUGUACCGAUCGGCAUUUACGCUCCGCCAGCGCAUGAUGAACGCCAUUCAAAAUCUGGAGUACUACAUGAUGAUUGAAAUUAUUGAGCCCAACUGGCACAUAUUUAUAGAAAAAAUGCAGGCGGUGGAGAACGUUGACAAUGUGCUGCAGCUCCACCAGGACUUUAUCGACUCGUGCCUGAAGAACUGCAUGCUCUCGGAGUCUUCUCAUCUUAAUCGGGCCAUAUUCAAGUUAUGCAAGAUAUGCUUGAAGUUCUGUGACUUUAUCCAGCGCUCCCAGCGUUUUUUUCUGGACGCCGAGCUCAAGUCGAUGGUAUGUGAUAGCAGCGACGACAGCUCCGACGAAUCUGAUCCCGAGUGCUUGCACCGGCCACAGCUGGAGACCUCGCUGGAUCCUGCCGAUACUUUUUCGGAGAGGGUGAAACGAUUCGAUCUCGAGUUUACCGGCAUUCUUAUUUCCUUCCUGCAAAAGAUCAACAUUAUGGCCAAAAAGAACACAGCCGAUCGGUUUAUAAAUCUCGUACAUCGCAUCAACUACAACGGAUUCUACACGGAUCUAAUGGAUAAGCUCUGCAUGAAGGAUGCCUUGGGCUAAAGCUGCGCCAACACGCUGCCAAAUAAUACAAAAGAGCAGAAAAACGGGAACCAAGUAUUAGAUAAUCGAAUUUAAUAAUUGCCAUUAUUCCCGCAUGUCUCCAAACCAGCCAUUUCCACAAGCACAAAUAUUGUUUCCAUUUUAGUUGUUAAUUCAAUUAUUUAUGUUUUAAUAAAGCUUAUAGCAUGUAUAAAAAUA